GAUAGACAAUGCUCACCUAAAGAAUAUGCCUGCCUAUGGCUGGAUCUAGAUCUGAUUCUAGGACUCUAGACCAAAUGUUAUCUUUCAGUUCGGAGAACAUUAAACUUUAUUAGCAACUGAGACUCUAAAUAAAUCUAGAUCUUUAUUUUUUAAAACAAUUUUUAGACGUACCAGUACAGCCCACUAAAAGUAUAUACUAGUUUGUUUAGCGCCGUAGGCCAUCCAUAGCCAUCUCAUACUAGCAUAGCCUGCAUAGGCAUAGGACUCAUACAUACUUUUUACAUAGGUUAACAAACUGUGUGAGAAGUGUAACUAAUAAGUCAAAUAAGUGACAUAAGUCUUAAGUCAUAACUGUAAUUUAGUGUAAACUUAAAACUGUAACUGCAAAAAUUGUAAAUUGAAUAAAAAAUUGUUAAUAUUCAAGUUAAUAAUAAUAUUAUUGUAGCAAAGCUUCCACAGCUCAAUGACUCUAUCAUUUGGCCGAUGGGGGUGGAAAAAGAAAUUAUAAGACCAGGAGAUGGUGCCACUUACCCUAAAACUGGUCAAACGGUUGUGAUUCAUUAUACAGCAUCAUUAGUUGAUGGGCAAAAAAUCGACUCAUCUCGAGAUCGAGGUAGCCCCUUUAAGUUUUGCAUAGGCAAGGGUGAAGUGAUAAAAGGCUGGGAUGAAGGUGUUUCCAAGAUGAGUCGUGGGGAAAGAGCAAGGCUUGUGUGUUCUCCAGAUUUCGCAUAUGGAGCCAGAGGCUAUCCUGGUGCUAUUCCCAAAAAUGCCACCUUAAUAUUUGAUAUAGAACUGUUAAAAAUGGAGUGAAGACAAAACAAAACAAGAUGUGAUGACGGCUGCUGGCUACCGCAAGCAAAGAGUUGUUCAAACGGAUGGUUCCUUCUUCUCAUUGAUGUUUUAGAUUUAGAUGUCUCUAACUCUUGCCCUGAACCCGCUACUAAAUUUUAUCAUCAUUACCCCCUAAUUUAGUUUCACUUUAUUGACCCAACCAUACAAAAAAACAUUUUUUUUUCUUUUUUCCCAGUUCACACCAAAGAUUUCAAUUCCACCACUCGUACCCUACCCCCUUUUUUUUUUCAUUUCUGUUUAAGCUAAGCUACCCACCACUGUGUUGUUGUUUUUUUUUUGGUUCAGCUUAUUUCUUUUUUUUGUUUUUUUUGUUUUAUUAAUCAUAUCACAUUCAUUUAUAAAAUGAAAAAAAUAUUAUUUUGGGGGGAUACGAUUUCAAAUAUUAAUUUAUCAUACAAGAAGUUUGACUUGGUGUUACUUGCUAAAAGAUGACAUCAUAAUUUAUGUUAAUUAAUAUUGUACAAACGUUUUGCUUCAACUAACAUGUUUUUGUUUAUUAAAUUUUUCUUUAACCAUUAACUCUUCAGUAUUUAAACGCAAAAUUGAAGAAAAUGAAGUACUUUUAAAGACAAUGCAUUUAAAGUCACAACCAGAACUGAGUUCAGAAAAAAUUAACAUUUUCUUGUGCUGUAUACGACUGUCAAAAAGUUUUUUUGUUGUUUUUUUUUUCGGUUUCAUCUUUAAAAAUUUAAUGAUAAUAAUCCCAAGCUAUCUAGAAAAGGAGAGGCACGCUGGUUGUCGCGAGUGAUAAAAUUUAGUCAUCAAUUUUCGUUCUGAAUCACAACUCUGUUGAGCGCUGAACCGUGAUCCCAAUGCAUUGAAGAAAUACUUUCAUGCAGAGUUACUGGGAACCAAUAGGUGGGCUUGGCCCAUGUAUUUUCAAAUUCUAUCCUACUUCACAAGGAUUUCUGCUAAAUUGGAAUAUAAAAUACAUUUCAUUAAGUCUACGAAAAGUGUUACUGUCACAUUGCUAGUGUGAUUAGACUUGUUAAAGUGAUUUGUACCCUUUUUUUUAUAUAUACAAUUGUGACUUUCUACAGCAUAAAUUGUUUUAAUGCACAUCUGAAAAAAAAAAUAAUCAUAUAAUUAUACAUUUUUGUUUUAUUUAUUUUGCUUUUAUGUACCUAUAGAUCUUAAAUUCUUAUUUUUAAACUGCUUGUUUUUAAUGCAUCAAUGUUGUUUAUUUUUGGGUUUAAUGCUAUGAGUAUAUUGAGAUUCUCCUAAUAGCCCAUAGCAAACUGAAUAUUCUUGUAUUUUGACUUCACCUGCCUCUAGGUAUAAAUUCUUAACUACAUGGACUAAAUUGGACUAACCGUGAUUGCCUCUUUUUUAAAAAAAGACAAACUAAAACUUAAUUUAUCAUUGACAGUCCUAAAAGAACACUGGUGAGAAAUUGUGGUCAUAUUUUUUUUUGGUCAUUCCAUUGCUUAAGAUUUGUUGUGAUCAGUUCUAUAUGAAGAACAAGUAAUUACACCACUGUAAGUGCAGAAACAUUUUAACACAGAAGUUUGUGUGUGUGUGUGUGUUUAAUCAUGUUUAAAAGUAGUGCAAAUGACACAUACAUUUGCUGUUGUCUCUUUUAAGACAAUUUUUUUUUUUUUGGUCUGUGAGUAUUAUUUGAUUUGUGUUUUAAAACAUGAUAACUAUUGAAGACUGUUUCAGCAUUUGAGACUUAUAGAGAAAGCUAAUUACAUGAAAUUGGAAUGAAUUAUUUACACUAAUGUUAAAGAUAUUUACACAUGUGAGUGGUACAUUCAAGGACUAGUCUACUCCUUAUUGGCUUCACUUUUUUUUUCUUUCUUUAAUUUAUUUUGUUGUUUUCUGUAACUUAUGUUGAGAAUAAAGGAGAAGAAUUAUAAAAAGUUGUCAACAGAAUAUUGGGGCACAGUAAGGGCAAUAAUUCCAUGUCAGUGUUGAAACAUCAUCAUGAGUUGUGUACCUUUGAUUUUAAAUGUUCUUUUUUAUUUUCUUCCUUCUGUGAUGACUAGAUCUGGCUGCAUCCACAAAUGCUUUGUGUAGCAUUGUUUUACUUUUGUUCAGUCUUGCAAUACAUAACAUACUGAAUUUUUUUUUUUUAUUUCAUUUUUAUUUUUAUGUAAUCCCAACUUUAACAAAGACAUUCAAGACAGAAGACAAAGUGUCCUGCAUAUAUCAUAUACCGGUACAAGUAUUUUGUAAUUAUUGGAUUUCAAUAUAAUACUUUAAAAGCAUUAUAACAUUUAUGAAAAAAAAUAAAAUUAGUCAUUGAUUUUAUAUAUUUUUUUGAAUACACUCUUGUAUGGAUAAAUGAACAUCUUUUAACUAUAAAUUGUUCUGUCCAUAGAUAUUAGUGUAUAUUAUCUAUUAUUCCACUGGACAUUUGUUGCUAUGUGCCUGCAUCAUGAUGUUUUAUUGGUUUCAUUAUAACUCUUAAGAAUGUUCAGGUUUCUUUUAUUUGCUUUCAAGAUACUUCACUACCCUUGUAACAUGUCAUGGAGAAAGUAAACAAUUGUUUAUGCAAGAA